ACGGUAGGUCAACGACCGCGGCUUCGUUAUAAUAUAUAGGCGCUAUACGUUGCGGGGAAACAGCGCAGCUAUACGUUAUCAGCUAUACGUUAUAUUAAUUACCACUCCGUCCGAAUACAUCAGUUUGUUUUGUUUGGUUGGUUGUCUAUUCUCUAAGGGUUGGGAUACUUGGGAUAGGCAUAUUUAAGUUAUAUAGUAUAUAACUAAAUACCUACGACGGAAUAAUUAAAUACGAUGUCGAAUGUAUUGAUAAUAAGACACCUGCCCAGGAAACUAUCUUUUCAAGAUAAAGAACAACUUUUAAAGCACUUCGGCGCGGAAAAGGUGUGGGAGACAAGAUCAAAACGAAACUAUGUAUUCGCUUCUUUCGCUAAUCCUAAAAAGGCGAAGAGUUCAUUGCUUCGGCUUCACCAACUUGAAAUAGCCCGCAGAAGACUAGUAGUGGAGUACUCCUUUGACAAAGAGCCUUUGUCGCAGAAAUCGGAAAAUGAACAAACUUCGUCUAUUACAAAGCAUGUGACAGAAUUUCUUAGAGUGUUGAACGCUUGGAAUCCUUCAGUAGACUUCUACCAGCCUCCACCAGUGCAUUUAAAGUACAAAUAUCCAGAUAUUGAUAGUAAUAUCAUUGUAAAUAUCGUGUAUGCUUUAGCAUCUCAUAAACCUUUUUACGUACAAACAUUGCAUUUGAUGAAUAAAAUGUGUUUAGAUGUGCCUUUUCAACAUAAUGAAAUGGCACUGCAAUGUUUUAAAAACAUGUUUAGACCAUAUUUUUUGGGUCAAAGUCAAAAAGUACCAGAGCCUGCUGUUCAAUCUGAAACAGAUGAGUCAGAAAUAUCUAGUGAUGAACAUGAGAAACAGAACAAGCCAACCCCAAUGUCUGCCAAACGCCUACACACACUUCCAAAGACUCGGAAAAGGCCGGCAGCCAUUUUAUCUACAGUAUCUUUACCAAAAAUUCAGAAAGUUCCUAUAAACCAGGAAGAAGUGUUUGAAACUGUAGCACCACUUCGAGAAACUAAAAAAAUAUCUGUGGUUGUAGCUCAAGAUGCCUUGCAAAAGGCUCAGGAAGAGCCAAAAGUUGUGGGAGAAUUAGGAAAGUUUGAGAAACAAGAGCAACCAGAGGUUGUUGUAGAGACACCUGCUGAAACAGAGCAGCCUACUAUAACAAGGAAAGAAUUAUUGAAAAAUAGAAUAUCCUUUAGAGAUAUGAAGAUUCUGCCAGUUUUUAAGAAGUAUCAUCCUGGGCAACCCUCUAUGAGAUUAUAUAUUAAGAAUCUAGCUAAAACUGUUACUGAAUUAGAUGUUAAGAGGAUAUACAAACAUUACAUUGAACAUGUCACAGAGGAUGACGUAGGGUUUGAUGUGCGAGUAAUGCAGGAAGGCAAGAUGAAAGGGCAGGCAUUUGUUACCUUUCCAUCUGUAGAAAUAGCAGAGACGGCUUUACAUGAGACUAAUGGUUACAUGUUGAAGGAAAGACCUAUGGUUGUGCAGUUUGCACGAGCUGCUAAUAAAAAAACUAUUGAGUAAU